CAGAGCCGGCUGGGAGCAGAGCUGCGGAGCCGCCUGGUCUCCCGCGUCUGUGGGUCAGUUCUUGCGUCCUUCUGUCCAUCCGAACGCGCACUGCAGGAGAAGACACGAGACUCCAGCUGUCUCGGCGGGAGCGAGCAGGUGGCUCCAGUCCAUGGGCGUGGCCGCUUCAUCCAUGGCCUGCAGACCCCAACGACGGCCUGCGACCUGGCUCCAUGUGAUCAGCCCCAAGAGUACCAAGACUCCAUCUUCCCACAGAGAGGAGGUGGCAUGGCAGUGAGCACAGACAUGGCUGGGCUGGAGGAGAGCUUCCGCAAGUUUGCCAUCCAUGGCGACCCCAAGGCCAGUGGGCAUGAGAUGAAUGGCAAGAACUGGGCCAAGCUGUGCAAGGACUGCAAAGUGGCUGACGGGAAGGCCGUGACAGGGACCGAUGUCGACAUUGUCUUCUCUAAAGUCAAGGGGAAGUCAGCUCGGGUCAUCAACUAUGAAGAGUUCAAGAAGGCCCUAGAAGAGCUGGCCACCAAGCGAUUCAAAGGAAAGAGCAAAGAGGAGGCCUUUGAUGCCAUCUGCCAACUGGUGGCAGGCAAGGAACCAGCCAACGUGGGUGUCACCAAAGCAAAAACAGGGGGUGCCGUGGAACGGCUGACUGACACCAGCAAGUAUACAGGCUCCCAUAAGGAGCGCUUCGACGAGAGCGGCAAGGGGAAGGGGAUUGCUGGACGCCAGGACAUCUUGGAUGACAGUGGCUACGUGAGUGCCUACAAGAAUGCAGGCACCUAUGAUGCUAAAGUGAAGAAGUGAGUCCUAAGAAGACCCCCCCAGCACGCCUGCCCCUGCCAGAGGCUCAGGCCUGGGCCUACGGGGCACGUGGAGCAAGAGAGCCGGUCCCCUACCUGCUGGACCAGCCACCCAGAGCUUCCUGCCCAGCCCCAUGGGGCCAGCCCACCAGGCCUCUCGCCCAGACUGCUAUGCGCCCUCUUCCUCCUUGUGCCCCUCCCGCAUAACUUCUGUCCCUCUGGAGAGAGUCUGUGCCUGUAGCCUCACCACCCCAACCUAGCCCCAAGCAUGGCUAACCCUUGCCUGCUUGACUUAUAUUUUAAGCUGCUGCUCUGGCCAAGUGCCUAAUUCUUCCCCAGACCUCAAUAAAGACACCUUUUGUACCAAUGUGGCCUGAUUGGGUAUAU